UUGUGGUUUUUACAGUAAAACUACAGUUGCUACCAACAUUAAAUGGAGUAAUACCAAUGUUCAAAAAUUACACAUUCUCUUAUCGCAAUGGGAAGAAUAACUUACGUUGUUCAAAGUAUCUCAGGGGAAAAUGUCCGGUGAAGUUGAGGGUUGAUUCGGAAGGGUACGUCGUUGAGGAAAGUUUCGACCACUGCCACCCACCACCAGUUUUGCACAGGACCUCUGACGGGGUGUACGUUAAAGUGGAUAGCAGGAAUUAAACUCUUGAUCUUAACAGAAAAACUGCUGGAGUUACCAACAAUCAACGGGGUAGUACUAAUGUUUAAAAAAUAUACAUUCUCGUAUUGCAAUGGAAGGACAUACUUGCGCUGUUCAAGAUAUCUCCGGGGGAAGUGUCCUGCUAAGUUGAAGGUGGAUUCAGAAGGGUUCAUUGUCAAGGGAAGCUUCGAGCAUUGCCACCCACCGCCGAUUUAUCACAAAAUCGCUAAAUGGUUAUUAUAUUAAAAUAAACUCUUGCAAUAUCUGCCCACAAUUAAGGGCAAUGUGCCCAUGUAUGAUAAUUACACAUUUUCAUUAUGCGGGAAGAAUCGACUGUACUGUUCGAGUAGACUUAGCGCCAAGUGUCCUGCGCGAUUGGUGGUCGAUGAGAAUAAGCAUAUCAUUAAAGGGACGUUCGACCACAGUCAUCCGCCUCCAAAGUAUCACCAAGUUUCCAAAAAACUGCAGUUCUUACCAACGGAUAAAGGUCAAAUUCCGAUGUUUGGAAGCCACUCGUUUUUCUAUGCGUCGAGCAAGCUGGUGUACUGUUCGAGGAAGUUGCGAGGGAAGUGUCCCGCAAAACUGAUGCUGGAUAAAGAAGGGUAUAUCGUUGGUGGGCAUUUUGAGCACAACCACGCCCCUCCAGAGUUUUUCAAAACCGCUAAUGGGUGCUAUGUUAAAAUAGAAAGACUGAUCGUUCUCAACACUCCGCGUGGAGAAGUAUUCCUGUUCAGGGGUUACACCUUUUCAUAUUACACGGGAAAGAAGAAUCUGCGUUGUUCUAGAAGAAUCAGUGGCAAGUGCCACGCCAGGGUCAAGCUCGACGACGAUGGUUUUAUCAUCGGGGGCUAUUUCGACCAUAGUCACCCCCCUCCGAUUUAUCAUAGGACCGCGGAUGGCUUGUUUAUUAAACGUGGUUAAACUAUCAGUCUAAAACGCUAAUAACACAAGGGUUACUAAACGAAGAAUAUUUCGACCAUAGUCGUAUCCCCUGAUUUAUCAUAGGACCUCUGAUGGCUUGUAAUAUUCAAAUGAAAUUGGAACUACGUUUGUAUGGAGCGAGUGACGGAGAGACUCUUAAACUAUUAGUUAAAAAAUUUAACCACUAGUGGUUGCGUUUAGUUGAUUGGACUUUGUAGUGCCUCAAACAGACACAAAAAUGUUGAUUAAAGAGUCUAAAUUAAAACUAAUUUUUAAUUAUGCGUCUUACCAUGGACCACGAAUACCUAGAAAGUGGGCUUACUUUCUGAUACCAAAGAAACAAAAGUAAUAAAUCCAGUAUUUUUAUGAGCUCUACAUUUUACAUUACAGAAAGAGUGCAAACCCUACGCACGCAUCGUGGCCAUGUUAUAUUUAUGUACCAAGGUUUCACAUUCUCGUACCGUAAUGGAAAAAAUAAUUUGUCUUGUUCUCGACGCAUCUGUGCUAAAUGCAACGCGAAGCUGAAAGUGGACAACCAUGGUUUCGUCAUGGGUGGAUAUUUCGACCAUACUCAUCCGCCCCCUAUUUAUCGCAUAACCUCUGAUGGUAUAUAUGUUCAACAGAAAAAUUAGUGUAGAUGACCAAUAUUGUGUUAAGAUUAAUAAAUUGUGUAAUUUUUUUA